UCCCAUGGCCACAAAAGCAAAGCGCGCACUGGCCGCCCACGUCUCUCCUCCGGUCCUCCUCCAUAUAACGCCGCUGCCCGGCACACAGCAGAUACGGAACACAUGACCACACGCAUAGCUGAGGGAAGCCAGGCACGCAGUAGAUCCCAGACCACACGUCCCAAAUUAAGCUCCGAUGGACGAGGGCAAGUAUCAGCAGGGCUGGCUCGCCGUCGGCCUGCCGCCGGCGCCGGUGCUCGCCGUCACCGGCAUCGUGACCUUUUUCCUCUACCUUUCGUGGCAGAUGGAUGAGUUCGAGGAGCAGCUGUGCCAUCGCACCCAGGCAGGCUUCUGGGUGCUCAUGGUGCUGGGACUCCUCGCCCUGGGCGUGCUCGCGCAGCAUGUGCUGUUCGACGGAGAGGGGAGGGUCGCCGUGCCCGCGGCAUGGCGAGGCCAGCCCGAGGGCGGCUCCGGCACGUCGCCGUGGGGCGUCGCGGCCCUUGUGGCUCUGCUGCUGGUGCUUGUGUCUCACAGGUCCGACUUCCAGAUAUUCAAGCCCCCGGGGUUUAGAUGAGCAUGCUUUUUUUUUUCUCGAUGGAAAGCUAUGUAUCCCGAUGCAGAUAGCUAUGAUAUACUAUUAUUAUAUACAUAAAUUAGUAGAAGGUGUUUUUGCACGUCUGCAUGAUCAAGCAAAAUAACAUAAAUAAAAAAGAAUUACUCCCUCCGUCCCCGGAAAUUGCUUUUUGGAGGUCGGGAGCAUGGAGGCCUUCAAAUGCAAAAUUCAAAAUUUAUGAAAAUUCAUACUUUUACAUUUCAAAAAAUUCUGAAAAAAACUACGAAGAUAGAUGAAGGCAGAGUGCAAGUGCGUAAAUUUUCAGGACGAAAUGCCUUGCAAAAAAGACAAAUCUGAGCCUUUUUAACACAUAAUAUCAUCUCCACAAACCAGUAAUUUGUCUAUUUUGUAUAGGUCGCAUUUCAACGUAUUUCAUUCUAAAAUUUUACACACACGCGUCACAUCCUUAUUUAUUUGUACAAUUUUUCAGAAUAUUUUGAACCCGAUUUUUUUGAAUUUUGAAUUUUUAAAAAAGUGGGCCUCCAUGAAAGACGACAGACAAAAUGUCAUUCUCCUCCAUCCCAUAAUAUAAUAUAAGAUGUAAAUAUUGGAUCUAAUACAUUUCAAAUAUAAUCGGUAUAUAAUUGGAGAAAUUUGUGAUUGACGUUGUGUCCAAUGAAAGAAUGUUUAUAGUCUGGGUGAAAGCGAAGGAUGAGCCAAAGGAGACGAUAUAAUUCCCAUGCGGGAUCUAUUAUUGGGGAUCUAUGGGGCAUCUUUUUAGGGUUGUACAUCGGUUAGAGGGACAAUUAUUUGGCUUGAUGGCUGGGCGCAGAUCUUCAUAUAUUCCGUGUGCGGUGAUCAAGAUGGAGUGGCGUGCCAUCUACAGUAUUGACGAUGGCGAGUCUUGGCGGCAGGGUGCAGCGGGGGCUAGAUGCUGGAUACCGUUCAAUGGGCGCGUGCAGGAGGCAGGCCCUGUUUAGCAUUGCGGUGGCUUCAACGGCAGAAGGGUCUAAUAAGAUCAGUGCAUUGAUUGAUCCUAAAGAUGGGACUGCGAAAGAAGGUGGCGGCAGAUUCUACAGCAUGUGCAUGUGGUGCACAUUGAGGGUGUGCUUGACCGGUUGGUGCUUCCGGCUAGCUGGCGGGCGGCUUGGUGAGGCCACCGAUUUUUUUGGUGUGUGUGACGCACGGUCAGGGCACAUCAUCAAUCUUGUAGUAGGGCGACAAUUUUGCGAGGAAGGUGAUUUUGGAUUGAUCUAUGUAUUUAUUUUAUAAGAUCUUAUUAAAUAAUCCAAUAAAGAUGGUUGUGUGCAUCGCUCAA